AUGCCAAUAAGCACGCCAUUAGCGCCGCUGACAGCAACCGAGCUGUGCAUGUGCACCCUGGUCACUUCCAGUUUAUUCGAAAGCCAUGCAUUUAUGCUGUAUCUCUUCCACACCGUGAAUCGUGCCCAGCAAUUCGGUUUCGCCCAUCCCCUGCUGCAGAGUCAGGUGCUGCAGUGGACGGUCUUCUGGGCUGUGUCGGGGCAGCCGGUGCAGGGGCAGUGGAAUUAUUUUCGGCGGAGGGGGGGUGGCAGCACCCAGGAUGAGCACACAGCGAAAAAGUUCCACGACGACCUCCGCGUGUACCACGUCCUCGAAGCGCAUCUCUCAGCGCGGUAUGCAGAUGACGCCCCACCGAGGGAGUAUCUGGCGGGCCCGGGCACAGGGAAGGAUACCCUCGCAGAUAUCAAUGCGUGGGCGUGCGUGCGGAAUCUUCGGGGUGUUGGGCUGGAGGAGGAGGAGUCGGCGAGGUUGCCUGCGCUUGCGGCGUGGGUGGAGAGGGUGGGCGCGCGGGGGGGUGCAGAGAGGCGCGUUUGGGGAGGCUUAUGA